ACAGUGCGUAGACCUAAGUCCUUCGAUUGAAAAACUUAAACUGUAGUUCACAGUCAUAAUAGAAGAUAGGAUCGUCGAACAAUUUUUUGUGAAGCUCACCGAGAACAAAAAAAAAAGAUGCGAGAGCCGUGGUUAUUGUGCUUGUUUUUGAUGUUGUUCCUGCACGAUGCACGACCCCAACCUGCCGUGACAGGCAUGCGAUGGUGCCGUGACUUUUGCCUCUGCCCCCACGACUCGGACACGAUGCUCAAAUGUCUCGAAGACGACGAUAUUUAUCGCCUGAUUGAUCUCAACGAGAGACACGUGGCACGUCUCACGAGGGCGGGUUGGAGUCCCACCUUGAAUCUUGGGUGGUGUGGUGACAACAACUGUCUUUGCAAUAAAGAAAGUGGCAAACAUUUCGGAUGUGGCAAGUUGAUGAAUGUUCUCACAAACUUUAUCGACCAGGCGUCUGAAGUUUUGGCACUUUUCGAGCGCGAGAGAGAGGUGGGUGAAGCUGUGGUAUCUGCAGGUGUUGGAUUGUAUACUCCGCCUGUCGAAGCCCAUGAUGGUGAGUCCGAUAACAUCAACAUCGCGGUGGUCGAAGACGGACCACACAGCAAAAGAGACAUGGACGACGAAGAACGCCGCAACAGAAGACGAGAACGCAAGCACCGACGCAAUAGGAAACGGAAUCGCAUAGGAGGAGAGGAGGACAUUGGUGGACCAGUGGACGAAUCCGAGUAUUUUGCACCACCAAGCUCAGAAGAUGAUUAUCCUGAAACCAACUCCCUUCCCAAGCAAGAGGCUAUAAACUCUAACCCCAUGGUGACAGCAAUGCAACCUCCACACCGACGUCAUCCAGCCGUGCCCGCUGUCACCGAAAGUUCCUUCUUCGACAACCACGCAGAUGUUGAACGCUACCAACCUCCAAUGGAAUCUGUCCAUCCAGGUUCUUCUGCGAUCGAAAGCCACACUGAGAUCCUUCGAGAAAAACCGCUGGAGAUGAAUUCUGUAGCGGGUAAAGUCUCGGAAGAUUUGGAGACACUGACAGAAGAUGUGGCGCACAUUCGGAGUGACGUGAUCUUCAACCAAAGGAUUCUGCUUGUGACCGUAGGAGUGGCAGGAGUGGCGAUGCUUGGGGUGGUGGUGCUGGCGCUGCAUGCGUGCUGCGCCAGGAGGUCCAGACGAGCGCACUUCACUGAGAACGGUCGGCCGGACGACCUCCACCAUCAUCCUUCCUCUACCGUCACGAAGGUGAACAUCAAUGAAGCCUGGUGA